AUGGAUUCAUGCCUAGUGUUGUCUCUGAAGCUAAACCCUUGCUUCAAUCCUCUUUCGCCUCUCUAUCCUUUCACGCCGUGUUCGUAUUCGCCGCCGCUCCGGCUAUCUUCUUGCUACUCCCGCCGCUUCUGUUCACCUGUCACCGUCAACGCCGCGAAGAAAACCUCUCAGAGCAUCCGUUCUGAAUUCGAUGACAAAAUCAACGGCGCUUUCUCUCCCGACUCUGAUUCCCGCUUCCUCGAUCGUCAAAAGGCUUUAGACGCAGCUAUGAAUGACAUAAACAGCUCCUUUGGCAAAGGAAGUGUAACAAGAUUGGGGAGUGCUGGUGGAGCACUAGUAGAGACCUUUCCCAGUGGUAUUUUGACUCUUGAUCUUGCCUUAGGUGGAGGCCUGCCAAAGGGUCGGAUAGUCGAGAUAUAUGGACCAGAGAGUAGUGGCAAGACCACACUAGCACUCCAUGCAAUUGCUGAAGUGCAGAAGCUUGGAGGCAAUGCAAUGCUUGUUGAUGCAGAGCAUGCCUUUGAUCCAUCAUACUCUAAAGCAUUAGGUGUUGAUGUAGAGAAUCUUAUAGUGUGCCAGCCAGAUAAUGGCGAGAUGGCUUUAGAAAUUGCAGACCGUAUGUGCCGUUCGGGUGCAGUUGACCUUAUUUGUGUUGAUUCUGUCUCAGCACUGACUCCACGAGCCGAGAUUGAAGGUGAGAUUGGAAUGCAGCAAAUGGGGCUGCAAGCUCGUCUUAUGAGUCAAGCUCUUCGUAAAAUGUCAGGAAACGCCUCUAAAGCUGGUUGUACACUUAUUUUCCUAAACCAAAUAAGAUACAAGAUUGGUGUGUAUUAUGGGAAUCCAGAGGUGACUAGCGGAGGAAUUGCAUUGAAGUUCUUCGCGUCGGUCCGCCUAGAAAUUCGUUCUGCUGGGAAGAUCAAAUCUAGCAAAGGGGAUGAAGAUAUUGGUCUUCGGGCUCGUGUAAGAGUACAGAAGAGCAAGGUUUCUAGACCGUAUAAGCAAGCAGAGUUCGAGAUUAUGUUCGGGGAAGGAGUCUGUAAACUGGGAUGUGUUCUUGAUUGUGCUGAAAUUAUGGAGGUUGUGGUCAAGAAGGGUUCUUGGUACAGCUACGAAGACCAAAGACUCGGGCAAGGAAGAGAGAAAGCACUGCAGCACUUGAGAGAAAACCCUACUCUCCAAGACGAAAUUGAAAAGAAAGUGAGAUUGUUGAUGUUAGAUGGAGAAGUGCAUCGAUCAACUCCUCUGUUUAGCAGGAGCUCCUCCUCGGUUUCACAUCCUGAAGAAGAAGAAGAAGCCUCACUUGACGAUUUCCAAUGA